GUUGGAAUAUUUCUUUGAGGUUAUUAUUUUGAAAAUAAUUAUAAUAAAUAAAAUAACUUAUUAGUAACAAUAGCCCUGCUUAACUCAUCAUGGCAGAAAUAUCAACCGGCACAGAAGACAAAGAAGUGAGCAAAAUACUGAAUAAUCCACCACAGGACCCAGAAGCUGAUAAACUUUCAUCACCAGGAUCUCCAGUUUUAAGUAAUAAUUUUAACAAUUUAACCCGUAAAUUAUGUAAAAGAAGAAGCAGGGUAAAGCUUGCAGAUAAAUUUAAGUCAGAAACAGCAGUGGAACCUCUUGAUAAACAAAUUCAAAAGUUUCAUGAAGAAAGUUUUACUGCUUCCCAAGCUAAUAAUUUGGCUGCUGUUUUGGAUAGAAUAGAGUCCAUAGAACAUAACAGACGGUUGUGGUAUAAUAUGAUCACCACUGAUAAACAAGAUGAUAUUUAUUUUAAAAAACCACUACCAUUGUGUUCCAAAUCUCACAAAAACAAUAGCUCAGUUGAACUAGAUGAUAUGCAGGUUCAGAGAUAUGAUAAGUCACAAACACAUUUACCACCUGUUCAGCUACCAGUUUGCUCUAGUUUUCAGACUGCUGCAGGUAAGAAAAUGGAGAUAUCUGAUAGUGAUAUUGAAAAACAGGCUUGGAUUUUUGAAGGCAUACAUCAGCCUUCACUAGGUCGAAACACAUGUAAUGCAAAACAGUAUAACUUCUUGCGAAAGCCUGACACAGGACAAAAUGCUACUGAUAUAGGCAAUAAUGUAAAUGAAGAAUCUAAGUUUAGAAAAAGCAAUGCCUCAAAAAUUUCUGAAAAUGUUGAUGAUGCUAUUUCUUUAACUCAAGAAAUUAGUAAGUCAGGAAUUAGUGAUACACAGAUAUUAUCUAUUGUAGACAUAUAUAAUAUGGUUCAAAAUAGUCGAUCAGAGAAUCUAGAACCACAUGAGAAGAUAUUUAAUAAAAAUGUUUCAAUGAAACAAGAAAGCAUUAGUCAGAAUAAGAAGGAAGAUCAAGAUACAUUCAUAGGAUUUUCUAAUAAUGAUAUUGAACAAUCACAUAGUCAUGUUUACAGCUUAAAAAAUACUAUUAAAAAAAUCUCUACAAGAUGUAGCAAAACUUAUUCUGAAAACAACAGUAAGAAGCGAGUCCAUGAGUUGGUUGAAAUGCCUGCCAGCAAGAAAAUGAAGCUUGGUCCAUUUAAUGCUGGGAUUAAAUCUAGCAGCUUGGUUAGAACUUCAUGCAGUUUUUCAAGUGCUUCUGGGAAACAUAUCAUUAUAACAUCUAAUGCAUUAAAAAAAGCUAGUAAUAUUCUUGAUAACAUAGAAAAUGAUCUAGGAACUCUGGAAGCAGCUAGAAGUACAGAUUCUGAUAGUUUGAAGAAACCUACUCUGAUUCUUGAUCCACAAUGUACAAAUUAUGAUGAUCCAGCAAAUUUGUUAAGUAAGAAUCAAGUGUUGUAUAACCCACAAAGUAUCCCCAAAGAAGUAGCUCAUAUGUCUAUAUUGAAUAAUAUCAACUGGAAGCUAAAUAAUCAAAAUGUUUGCUCUGGUUUUGCCACUGCUUCAGGGAAAUCUAUGGUAAUAUCUGAGAAGUCAAAACUGAAGGCAAAGCAAGUGUUCGGGGAGAUUCUGGAUGACACUACAGAUGGUCAUAUAGUAACAACCACAAUAAAGAAUAAGCAUAAGUUAUUAGAUGAUGCUAUAAAGAAAGCUGAAUGUUCUGGAAAACCUGAAUCUAGCAUAAUUCCACAGUGUACUGAAAAGGCUAUUAUAUUGAAUAAUAUCAAUUAUAGGGUAAAUAACGAAAAUGCUUGCCCAGGUUUUGCUACUGCUUCAGGAAAAUCUAUGAAAAUAUCUGAAAAAUCAAAAAUAAAGGCAAAGGAGGUUUUUGGAAAUAUUUUUGAUAACACUGGAGAUGACAAUAUAGCAAAAACCACAUCUAAGAAUAAGCUCAAGUUAUUAGAUGAAGCUAUAAAGGAAGCUGAAACUUCUGGAAAACCAGAAUCUAACGUAAUUCCAUAUUGUGUUGAAAGUGAUCUAAAAAAUCAUGAUAGUUUCCACAAAGUGCCAAGAGAAAAACUUGAUUUUACUAAUGCUUCUGUAAAGUCUAUUAUAUUGACUAAUAUCAAUUUUAAUACUGAAAAUGCAUGCUCAGGUUUUGCUAAUGCUUCAGGAAAAUCUAUGACAAUAUCUGAAAAGUUAAAAUUGAAAGCAAAGGAGGAUUGUGGAGACAUUUUGGACAGCACUGGAGGUGACAAUAUAGCAAAAACUGUAUCAGUGAAUAAGCGUAUGCUACUGGAUGAUACUACAAGGAAAGCUGAACAUUUUAACAGAUCAGAACCUAACAGCUUUCCAAAAAGUGUUGAGAAUGACCAAAAGUUGCCAACAGAAACACUUGGCUUCACCAAUGCUGAUGGAGAAAAAUAUCAGCUAUCAGAGUCCUCAUUGUUAAAAGCAAAGCAAAUGCUUGGAGAUUUUAUAAGUAAUGAAACUGAAAGUGCAAAUAGAUUGGCUUCUAAGAACAAAUUCAAAUUGUUAGACAAAGCAAUUAAAAAAGCUGAAAUCAACAUGGGAAUCCAACCAAGUAGUGUUGAAGAUGAUUUUCGAAAAAGGAACCUCAAAAAUAGGAUACCGCCUCAACUGCAUAAGAAUCCAUUUCAGCCUAAGUCAUUUGGAGACCAAGUAGUAAACCAUUCUGAAGCGCAUACUCCAAAAAGAGAAGACAGUUUAUUGAAAAGACAAAAAAGGAAAUUAGGGAUAUCCUCUUGCAAGCAAAUCAGAAUUCCAGAACAGAAUUUGAAGAAGGCAAAAUUGUUAUUUGACCAAGAGAUCCAAAGUAUAUCACCUGUUAAACCAAUAGGAUUGCAUAUCCAACAGAACCAUAACACUCCUGUGCGUCUAGAGGGUUCUUUCAGUAGAACUGAUGGAAAGUAUUGUUCAACUCCACUACAAAAUAACCUGGCCACCUUAAAAACUCUGCCAGUUGAAAGUCCAAUGGUACCAGAAAGGAGAAUAUCAUAUGAAGGUCCAGAAUUAAGCCCAGAGUCUUUUUUUGUCUUUGGAGCUCCAACUAAAGGAUGUAUGGCUGAUUGGGUGAUGAAAUAUAGUGAAGAGAGGAAGCUACUCGAAGAAAAGUUGAAGAAGAUACAGGAUAGAGAGGCAGAGUUGCUCAAAUUAGAUGAGACAAAGACAACUGAAAAUAGGAUUUGUUUGGGAGUCUUGUAUCAGAAAAAGAAGUCAAGCAACAGACUUAACUUGAGAGGACUUUCAGAUGAAAUAUGCACAUCUGAAGACACAAAUCAAGAUUUAUUUUUUGUUAGUCCUGAAAAUGCUGCAGAUUUUCAUUUCAAAUGUGAUACUGUUCUGAACACAGAGGAUGGUGCUACAAUUGUCCCAAAUCUGGACGAUUUAGUUGGUUUAUCAGAAAUACAGUUAGGUAUAGAAACUAUGGCUGGUGUAGAAACUAGGCUGAUUCCUACAAACUGGAUCAAAAAUCACUACAAAUGGAUAGUGUGGAAAUUGGCAAGUUAUGAAAGGAGGUUUCCCAAUAAAUGUAAAGGCAUUUUGAAUAUAGAAAAUGUUGUACAACAAUUAAAGUACAGAUACGAUCGUGAAAUAGACAAAGUGGAAAGAUCUGCACUGAGGAGAAUAGUUGAAAGGGACGAUGCUCCUCAAAAACGUAUGGUACUCUGUGUGUCAGCAAUAAAAAGUAAAGGCUUUACUAAACAUGAGUUAGAGCUAACAGAUGGAUGGUAUGCUGUGAAAACUGUGAUAGAUGAACCUCUAUGCGCUCAAGUAUAUGGAAAAAUCCAAAUAGGCACAAAACUCGUAACAUGUGGAGCUGAGCUACUAAACUGUGAUGGUUGCCAUCCUUUGGAGGCAACAGAUUUAGUUUCUUUAAGAAUAAACUACAAUAAUACACGGAGAGCUUGCUGGAAUGCAAAACUCGGAUAUCAAAAAUAUCCUCAGUCAUUUCCCAUAAAAAUAUGCAAUAUACACCCUUCAGGAGGAAUGGUUGGUGCCAUAAAAAUAUGCAUCAUCAGGGUUUAUCCGCUCAAGUUUUUAGAGAGGCUUGGUACAAACACAGUUUGGAGGAAUAAAAAAGCGGAAGAAAGAAGAGCUCAAGAAUGGGAGAAUGAAAUGUGCAGGAAAAUUGAAAAUCUUCAUAGCAACAGUAAGAAAAACUUGCAAGGUGUGAGAGACGAGGUCAAUAACUUGAUAACGAGGGAUAUAUCAGUAGUGUUCAGGCUUCUGGUGAUCGAUUUAUUGGACAGUGAAUACAGGACUUAUACCUUUCAUGUUUGGAGACCUUCUGAGAGCCACUUACAAGAUUUAAGAGAAGGAAAAUCUAUGACUGUCUAUAACGUCGUACCAAAGUAACUUGUCACUCCUCAAUUUCUAUAAAAAAAUUAAAAAAAUAUCAUAUACUUACAUACUUAUUUUCUGAAUUAUUGAUCUACUUGCUGGUUUCAGAAAAAAUGGAGAAUUAAGCUCAUGUUCUAAAACUUUAUUCAAACCCGUAAUUACAAAGCAAAAUCUGCCUGAUAAGUUUUUGAGGAAAGUGACGUUCAUAGAAGACAUUUCAUUAGAGUUGAUGGCGGAUUUCAGAGAAUUUGAUACUGUUGGGAUUAUUGUACAGUCUGUGAUAGAAGAUAAUUUCCAGAAAGUCUGGAUAGCUGGUGUUACAGGAAGGUAAUGAACGAAAGCUUAGGGAAUUAAAAAUUUCAUUUCUCUUAAGGGGCCAGUCGAUUGUGAAAGCAAUGGUUAACAAACAAGAAAGUCAUUUUGACAAUGGCCCUAGAUUAGUUGUCAAUUUACAUAAUUUUUCUUAAAUUUUCAGAUUGCUCUUAGUUAAGAUAAAUGAAGGUCCAAAGUUCUGUUUACUCCUGGACCAAGCAAAACGAGGACAGCCGAUGGCUGUGAGCAAUUUAUUGCUAUUAUUUUCAUAUACAGAUGAAGUAUCACAAGCUACCGCAAACCAUUAUUCAGUUUUUUCUUUGUAUCCAAUGCAGAAACAUUUACAAGACGGGCUGGAAGCUUUAAGAAAGAAGCAACUACAGAACCUUGACACUUUUCUGAAUGAAUGUGAUGCCAAGAUCGAAUCAUUCAACUCAUGUGAAACUACCUUGUCCAGUAAGCCUGAUGACAGUGAUGAAGAAACCUUGACAACUUCAAGACUUACAAGCACUGAUGUUGCAUUGUCCCUUAUAGAUAUGGAUAAGUUUUUUUAAAGUGAUACAUAUGCUUAUAGUUUUUAUAUUGAUGGAUUAUAAUAUUAAAUAAAUUUCGUUGAG